AUGGCGAUGACUGCUACGGCGUUGGCUGCCUCAACAGGCAAGCAGCAGCGUGCAGGAGGGCGCGUUUCAUCGCAGGUGGGCGGUCCCAUCAACUACGCCAUCUUCUCCUUUUGGAUCUUCAUGUCCUUCGUCGGCUUUGCCAUUGCCCUAGGAUCUCUGUCCGCGCUGCAGCACUAUGAGAACAAGACCGGCAUCUCUGACGGUGGCAGCGGCGGCUGGGCCAUCAAGAGCAAUUUCCCCAACCUGAACUCUGGCCGCGUUUUCCGCCUGGACUGGUGGAUUGUCUUCUACCAGUUCAUCGUCUCCAUGCUCUUAGUCAUCGCCACCCUCUCCAAAGUCCUCCCCCAGGCGCGCGUGGCAGUGUGCGGCUACUUGGCCAUUGCAACCGUGCUCGACAUCAUAUCAGCGGACCGCCUCUACAACCUGUCCCACUUCCACAUCACCAAGGCCUACUUCUCCUCCUCGCGGGGUGCCUUUGCCGGCUUUGUGAUUGCCGCCACGUCCGACUAUGCCAUGCUGUACAUGGCUGGCCUGACGCCCCCGCCACCGAGCGAGACCUGA